AUGAUUAGAAAUUCUAAGCAAGUAACUUAGUCAAUAUUUUAAAUAUUUUUUAGCAAAAUAUUCUUAAUCUAACAGUUAAAAUCUCUUGUGAAUCACCAUUAAAUAUCUUCUUUAUCGUUUUGCCUGAUAGAUGAAGAUUUAGAAAAUUAUUUUGGCUUGCUCAACUCUUCCUUAGAAAAAUGCACAGACUUGACAUCCUUGAGUUUUCAAUUAGAAGAAAACGAUUUGGAAUCAGACUAAAGUCUAGUCACACUUUCAAAAAAGAUAUCUAAAUUAUAAAAACUAAGCUAAUUAAAGCUUAAAUUAAAAAAUACUUCUUUAGAAGGUAGUGAUAGUUUAAAAGCUUUAUCAAAGGAACUUUUAAAAUUGAGUAGCUUAUCUAGUUUUAGCAUAAAUCUAUCGGAAAAUGAUGUUGAUUCUGAUGCUUUGGAGAGCUUGUUUAAAACUAUUGCUAAAUUCUCUAAGUUAACUAAACUAUCUCUUAAGCUCAAUGGAGUUUCUGUGGAUUCUUCUAAUGCUCAAUUACUUGGAAAAACAAUUGGUAUGCUACCCAGUCUACAAAUUCUUAAAUUGAACCUUAACUCUACUUUCGAUGAUAAUGAAGGAUUACCUAAAUUACUUACUGGAUUAACUAAUUGUCAAAGCAUCACAAGCUUUUAUUUAGAUUUAGGAGAAAACUAAUUGGCAUCAGAAGAGAUUUAAAAAUUAGGUCAAGAUCUAAACAAAUUAUCUAAUUUAGAUAAGCUUAAGCUUUCAAUAAAUUAGUGCUCUUUGGAUUCUAAUGAUAUUUAGCAGCUAGGAUCAUCAAUAGCCAAAUGCAAGAAGCUUACAAGCUUAGAUCUUAAUUUAGAUGAAAAUAAACUCAACCCAGAAGGUGCAAGAGCUUUUGGAUAAGAAAUAUUUAAUUGUCAUAAUCUUGUAAAUUUAAAGCUUUCUUUAAGUAAAUGUGAUAUUGGAAACGAAGGAGCAACUUAAGUAAUAGAAACCAUAUCGAACUUAAAAAAUAUGGUAACUUUAGACCUAAAUUUUGAUGAAAGUUAAAUCAGUGAUGAAGGAAUAAAAGGGAUAGGAAUUUCUAUUGCUUAUUGUAUUAACUUAAGAAAUUUAUCUCUUUAAUUAAAAAAAAAUAACAUUAAUGCGGCUGCAGCAGAGAAUUUGGGAAAGAAUUUGUCGAAAUGCAAGAAUUUAACUUCAAUUCACCUUGGACUAAAGUAAAAUAAGUUGUCAAGCGAUGGAGUUUAAUUGCUUACCAAGGAGUUAUCAAAUAGCUUAAUUUUAGAAAACUUAAGCCUUAAUUUAGUACAAAACGACAUUUAAUUUGAGGGAAUGAAAAACAUAAUUUAGAAUCUAUAAAAUUGCAAAAAUUUAAGUCAUUUAAACCUAAAUUUAAAAAAUAACAAUAUCGGAGAAUAAGGAAUAGAAUAUCUUGCUCAAGAACUUUCUAAAUUCUAAUUAUUAAAGAGUCUGUCAUUUAAUUAUAAAUAAAAUGGUAAUUUACAAGAGAAUAGCAUUAGCAAAUUAGGAUCUUCAAUUAAGAACUGCUCUUCUCUAUAAUACUUAGACAUUAAUUUAGAAAAAAACAAUCUAAAAUGCAAAAGUAAAAAAGCUGCUUAUAGAGAUUAUUUUAAGUCAAAGUCUUUGUUUAAUAUUAACAUCUCAUACAGUUGA